CUCUUCAAGCCUCUCCGAGCCUCUCUAGCAUGGAUCCGUCCAGUCAGUGCUACCAUCCUCAGAGCCAGUGGAGCUCAGACUCCGAGAUCUACAGCAUUUCUUCUCCGGAAACCGUCUCGCCAGCUCCGUCAAUGGAUUUCAACAGCUCCUCACCCCACCACCAGCCCAAGAACACCAGGCCAAACAAACCAGCACGAACCAAAGUGACCAAAAAGGCAGCUUCCAGAAGAUCCAGGCUGAAGAACCCGAGCGAGCAGCGCCAGAACGCCAGUGAAAAGGAGAAACUCAGGAUGAGGGACCUGACCAAAGCUCUUCACCACCUCAGAACCUACCUUCCACCUUCCGUAGCCCCUGCCGGACAGACCCUGACCAAGAUCGAGACUCUACGCCUCACCAUCCGCUACAUCUCCUAUCUCUCCUCUCAGCUGGGCCUUACUGAAGAAUACCUGUCCCAGAGGAAGCAGAUGGACAGUAGCAGCAGCAGCAGCAGCAGUGGAUGGAGAAGUUCCAGUUCUCCAGAACUGCUGGGCUACUUUCAGUGCAGGUCCACACAAGGGCAAGAGUAUACUGGUGAUUAUACUGGACAGCAUCAGCAUCAAACUGGCAGCAAUCUGGUGUACACAGACCAGAGCAUGGACAUGAACCAGCACAGUGCUCAGCUUUCAGAACCCUGGACGAAUCAGAUCUACAGCUCAGACAGAAGCAUGGACACAUUUCAGCCUCAGCAGUGUGCUCAACUUACACAGUCCUGCCAGGUAUGUUAG